ACUCGCGGGAAAGGAAAAAGGAACGUUUUUUUUGUUCCCUUUUUUCUGGCUCAGGGGAUCAAGAAAAAAUGGGUAGUCGGCGACAAGCACUUCCAUGUCGUGAUUCACUCGAACUAGCAGAAAGUUAUUUGAUUCUUGGGCUCUAGAAUCAUUCCUCCAGCGCUUGCAUGCCUCCGGAUUCAUUGCCUCUAUUCUUCCAUUCAUUCAUUCAUUUUUUCUGGAGCGAUGUCGACGGAUUUGGAGACGGGUGGUCUCGCUGGAUCGGAUCAAAGCCACCCAAAAUCGAGCACAACGCGAUGGGUAAAAUCGUGGAAAACGAUUACGCUGGCGUACCAGACGCUGGGAGUUGUGUAUGGCGAUCUGGGAACUUCGCCUCUAUACGUCUACCCCACCAUGAAUUUCAAGUCGCCGCAGGGCGAGGAUUUUCUGGGAACUUUCAGCAUCAUCUUCUGGACGCUCACGCUCAUCGGCCUCGCAAAGUACGUCUUCAUUGUUCUCCAUGCGGACGAUCACGGCGAAGGGGGAACGUUUGCGCUCUACUCGCUCCUUUGCCAGCAUUUGAAGACGACGAUCAAGGGCCACAAGUAUGGACGAAUGCUGUCGGAUUCCAAGCUCUCGCACUUUAGCAAGACCAACGAGGCCGAGAGCCCGACCGCCUUUGCACGCUUCAUUGAGAGGCGAAAGUCCGCUCAGAGGCUCUUGCUCUUCGUUGCCAUGCUCGGGACUUGCAUGCUCAUUGGCGAUGGAAUUCUUACUCCUGCCGUCUCGGUGUUGUCAGCCAUGGCUGGAAUCGCUACAGCCACACCGAAAAUAAACCAAUCUACUGUGGUUUGGCUCUCAGCUGCUGUUCUCGUCGCCUUGUUCUUGUUCCAGAGAUUUGGAACAAAGUGCGUCAGUUUUGUCUUCUCUCCUAUCAUGGCCAUUUGGCUCGUCACCACCCCUUUGAUCGGGCUCUACAACAUUGCCAUCCAUUACCCCCAGAUCUACAAAGCUCUCUCCCCUCACUACAUCGUCACCUUCUUUCAGAGAAAUGGGAAGGAUGGCUGGCUCGCUCUUGGUGGAACCGUGCUUUGUAUAACAGGCGCCGAGGCAAUGUUUGCAGACCUUGGACACUUCACAAAGUCCUCCAUCCAAGUUGCUUUCGCGUUUAUGAUCUAUCCCUCGGUGCUGCUAACUUACGCCGGACAAUCGGCAUACCUGGUGAGACAUCCAGGCGACCACCGAGAGGCAUUCUACAAGUUUCUUCCUCGUUCCAUAUACUGGCCGAUGUUCGUGGUGUCGACGCUGGCGGCUAUAGUCGCCAGCCAGGGACUCAUCUCGGCAGCGUUCUCCAUCAUCAAGCAAUCCAUAGCUCUCGACUAUUUCCCUCCGGUGACCAUGGUUCACACCUCUCAAGACAAGGAAGGCCAGGUUUACUCUCCCCAAGUUAACUAUUGUCUCAUGGUUCUCUGCCUGGCCGUGCUUUUUGGAUUCCAAGGUGGUCCAGAGAUUGGCAAUGCUUUUGGUGUGGCAGUCAUUUGGGUGAUGCUAAUCACAUCCUCACUCAUAACGCUGGUGAUGCUUAUCAUCUGGAGAACUCCAGUGAUCCUAGCGCUCGUCUACAUCACAGUCUACGGGACCUUGGAAGGAGUGUAUCUCUCGUCAGUGCUCACGAAGCUCCGCGAGGGUGGCUGGUUUCCUUUCGGCAUUGCCGUCAUCCUGGCCUUGGCGAUGUUUAGUUGGCACCACGGCCGCGAGAAAAUCUCCGACUACGAGAUGAUCAACAAGGUGACCGUGGACAGCGUCGACGAGCUCUUCUCUCGAGCGGCCAAGCAGCGAGUUCCGGGGCUGUGCCUCUUCUACACGGACCUCGUCCAUGGCGUCCCCCCGAUCAUGAGACACUAUGUAAAUAACGUUCGCUCGCUCCACCAGGUGAUCAUCUUCACCACCAUCCGCUACGUUCCCGUCAGGACGGUUCUCCCGGACGAAAGAUUCAUCCUGGAGCGAUGCGGCUACGCGGGGGUGUACCGCUGCGUGGCCCAGUAUGGCUACAUGGACGUGCUGGAAGGGGAGGAGUUUGUGAGCGACGUGAUCGAGGCUCUGGCGAUCUUCGUGGCUUCUCGGGAAGAUCACGAAGAACUCGAUAGCGAUGGCGAUGGCGCUGCUCUUGUAAGUGAUCUGUGGCGAGCAAAGGCCGCCGGCGCUGUUCACGUCAUGGCAAAGGCUGAUUUCCGGAUGAGCGAGGAGAGGAGCGGCUGGUUCGAGCGGCUGGUUCUAGACGGCAUCUACAGAUUCCUAAGGAAUAACUGCCAGAUGCCCGUGGCGGCGCUCAAGAUCGCCCCCCAGAAUGUAAUUGAGAUUGGAAUGAUAGUAUCGCUAGCAGUGCCACUAGCACCAAUGGAGGAUUGCCGGUUCAAGGCCAGGACGGUCGCCAUCUGUGCGAAUAUACGGCGAGAGGGUAUAAAAGAUGGAACGAUGAGCGGGGAGAAAAAAUUCUGUGCGUUUCGAGUGUGUUUUCGUGGGGUUGUGUAUUAG